AUGGCCGAAGUUGAACAGGCUAAUACACAGAGCGCUAUCUCCCCUCAAACUGCUUCCGGUUUGGAAUCUUAUUGUAAUUUAGCGCCUCUGACAGACAAUUCAGCCCGUUUGGUUGAUCAUCAAUCUAUUCUAGCUAGUGAAACCACUCAGCAAGUGCCAGAGAGACUUCUACCGGAGCGAUCAGUCCCAGAAUCUUCAGAUGAUGAAGUAGAGUUUGUGUUUUCAGUCCCUCGACGAAGGAAGAAAAGGCACAGAAGGCUUGAGCUUCCAUCACAACAGACUCAUACCAGCUCGGCUAGUCCCAUUUCGAGCGCCGUAAUUAUAGGUGCUCGCCCAUCACCAGAAAAGCUCGUACCUGAUAUGGCUCCUUCGCUUGAUCAUUGCUCGGAACCUGAUGAGAUGAACAGAGCUAGAUGCCAUUCUGUCGAAGCAAUGUAUAAAACCGCCGAAUUAGAUACCUCUCUACGGCCAUUGAAUCCUGCACAGUCGGGGAUACCCGUGAUAUCUCCUUCACAUAUUUCUCAAACUAUACCGUUCAAAAUCCCACCACCUUGGUAUGCCAAAUCCAUACUUCCGCCACCGUCACCAACGUCACCGCAUUAUAAUGCAGAAUCCACAACUUCCACAACACCAGAGCAAGAUCAUGUGAAAAAAAGAAAGCAUCAUGAUUCAACUGAAAAUUCAAAUCAAGUGUCUCUAUACAUGCCUCCAGCAUCUAUGUAUCUGCCAAGACUGAAGGCCUUACCUUCUCACUCGAAUACUAGCCCCCUUUAUGGACAUACGGGAUUUGUGGACUUUUUAGAAGAUCCAAAUUUGCCAACUACUUUCGGAGGAGUGCCUCUCCCUCUUCCGCCACAUCGGCCGGUUAUACCUGGUUGGCAGGACUUUUCCUGGAAACCAUUAAAUUACUCACCUCCAAAGUGCGCACCAUCUAUUGAUUCACGAGCAAGUAUGUUUUCUAACAUCAACAACGACCCGGACUGGCACCGCAAAUAUUAUUUUGGUGUCGGUGACCCGAAUUUUGUCAACUCGCGACAAGUUCUCAUCGGAACCGCCCCCGGCGAGAGAUACGUGCAAGAAAUGGUGUCACCCAAAACAAUACCUCUUACAACUGAAACCGCACCGGCUUCAUAUCCUUCAAUUCAACCAAAUUUAGUUUCGCAAUUACGUCACAUGCCUACAAAGAUGUCUACCUCUUCCACAGAUACCUGUCCUGUGCAGCCUUCGAUAAUUUCAUCAAAUUCUGCGACAUAUUCUCAACCAACACAUUCAGUCACACUGGUGAGACAUACUUGUCCUUCUCCAGUUCCUCGUCCCCAGGUGACUGCAGCAGAUAUAAGACGCAAACCUUCUCUAUAUAGAAUACCUGCGUGGCCACAUUCGAUGGAUAACAACAAAGCUUCACCCUCGACAACUCUCGGCGAACGUCAAAAUCCGACCGGCGACAUCGAACGCAACGAGACACUUUCUCCACACAUCAACGCAACUCGACAAGCGAAACCUACUGCUUCCCACACGCUAGAUUCUAUCUCAUCUCCUCUGCAAACUCCUGUCCCAAAUCCUUCAAGACGAAAAACAUCCACAUCCGCGUCUGCGUCUUCAUCUAAACACUCCCUAAAUUUAAUCAUAGACAUAGCGCAAACGAGCCAAGACACAUUUCCAUUUGCAGAAGUUGCGGCUAGACAUAAUGAACCCAUCCAAAAAGUUUUUGAUACUUUUUCGGCCAUAAUACAGUUACCGCUACUAAAACAGGCAGCGGAUGGGAGGAGACACGGGCCAUUAGGGAGUGAGAGGAUGAGGCUGUAUAGGGAGGCAAAAAGGGCCAUGAAGAGGGCGAAUAGAGAAAAUGAAAAGGGGAAAAAAUGA